AUGCAAACAACGCGGGACCGUCGUCCCGCGCACGGCGCAAUGCUUACGUUUCAGCAGCAGCAACAGCAGCAGCAGCAGCAGCAGCAGCAGCAGCAGCAGCAACAGCAACACCACCAGCAGCAGCAGGCAAAUAAAGCGUCGCAGCUCAUUCACAAGCUUCAUCAGCCCAACGCCAUCGAGUCGCGCCAGCAGCAGAAGAUCCUAAAUCUCCAGCACAAGCUGGCCGCCGCUCCCGUCGCUCCCGGCGCCGCCGGCCCCGUUAGCCCCGCUGGUAACCACCCGUUCGUCCCGCCGAAUGCCACGCAGCCUCGGCGCCCCACGACGCCGACAAUGGGCAGCGCGAUAGGCAGCGCAAUGGGCGCCGCGGUCGGCGGCGCCAUGGGCGGCGUGUCGCACCUUUCCAACUGGCUGAACGAACUCCCCGCAAAAGCCGCGCGCCAGGUCGGGGGGGAGCAACGCGGGAGGCCGGCGGCGGGGAUUGGCGGAGCGGAGAAAGGUGGCGGGGGGGUUGCGCGGAGCAGGUCAAAAUCCCCGCUGAUGGGUCGCGCUAUUUCUCGCGAUGGCGGCGGCGGAAGCGCCGUUGAGCGGAGCCGCUCGAAGUCCCCCAUUCUCUUCCGCGGGGCCUCUGUUCCUGAUGCACCUGGCGGAGGUUUCGCGGGCGGAGGUUUCCCCCGCGCGGAUUCCGCACAUACGGGGGUGGGGAACAUGCGCGGAGGGCCACAGCCGUCGCUGCAGCGAAUGCGCACGCCUGAGGCGGAACGGCCUGGCGGACCUGUAAAUCAGCCUCGGCAUGUCCGGGUGAGCGGCACGGGUUCUGGAGGUUCGGGAUCCGGAGGGUCGGAAUCUGCAGGCUCGGGAUCUGGAAGGUCGGGAACGCGAGUUCCCGCGCAAGCCGUGCGCAGUGGAUCGGGAGAAGGGGAAGAGCGGCGGGUGGCGCGGGACGGCAGCGGGCGGAGCUCUGCGGGCGGCAGCACUAGGGAGGGCGGCAGCGGUAGGGAGGGUGGCAGCGGACGGCAUGCCGCUGGCGGUGGCUGGCAGGGUGGUGGCAGCGGCCGGUCGCAUGGGGCCAGUGGCCGUCAAGAAGGUGGCAGUGGCCGGCAGGUGAACGCUCGUGGGCGGCAGGAAGUGGGAUACGGGCGGCACGACGAGCAUAGCACGGAGAGGGGCCAGAAUCAUGCGCGGGAGAGGAGGGAGAAUGGGCGUGGAAGUGGGAGUGAUGGCAGCAGUGUUGGGAACUGGGACUUUGUAGAGCAAAUUGAGGAGCCCUAUAGCGGGGAUGGAUGGAGGAAGAGAGGAGACGGCGUGGGACGGAGGGAGAGGGAUGAUUGGAUAAGAGAUGAAAGGGAAAGGAGUGCGAUUAGGACGGGGGAUGGAAGGAGUGGGAGGAGUGAGGGGAGGAGUGGGAGGAGUGAGGGGAGGAGUGGGAGGAGUGAGAGGAGUGAGAGGAGCAGUAUGAGGAGCAGUAAGAGUGGGAGUGGGAGGAGUGACGAUGCGGAUAGUGAUUAUAGCGGGAGUGGGGCGGGGAGUGUGAGGUAUUUUCCAGAAAGAGGGGGGAGUAAGAAGAGGCCUACUUGGAUGGAGGAGGAUGGGGAUGAUUUUUUUGAAGAGGACGGAGAGGAGAGAGAGGAGAGAGAUGAGAGAGAGGAGGGAGAGGAGGGGGAGGAGGAUGGAUUUGAGGGAGAGGGGAUGGAGAGGGGAGGUGGGGAGUGGCGCGGUCAACAGGUGCGCCAAAGGCAGAUUCAGGUCGAUUUGCCAUCUGCUAGUCAGGAGGACAGAGAGGGGGGGCGAGGGGGGUACCAGCCGAGAGUGCGGAACGAGGGACAACGAGUAGGAAAAGCGGGAGGAAGAGGAGGAGGCGGAGAAAGAGGGAGAAUUGGGAGAGGGAGGAGAGGGUCGGGCAGGUCAAGUGGAAGCAUGGACUCGGUGCCAGAAGGAGAAUGUGAGGACGAGAGAGAGAGUGGGGAUGAGGGGGAGUGGGAGGAUGAAGGGAGUGACUUGGACGAAGCUGGGUACACAGAGGAAAGGGUGCUGCUGGGGGAAGGGGAGGAGGGUGGUUACCGUAAGGGUGGUAACCAGAAGAGUGGUUACGAGGAGGAGAGGCGGCUCUCGGAUGUGUCACUGCAGGGAGUCAAAACGCCUGCCCCCAUGCCGCCCGCCCAGGCUUCUUACUCUGCUGCUUCUACUGCUCCUGCUGUGUCUGGUGGUGCGGCUGCUGCGGCGGCUGCUGCUGUGGCUGGUGGUGCUGGUGGUGCCGCUGAGAGUGGUGCUGGUGAACUGGAGCGCAGUGAGACGCUGGCAGAGAGGCAGCGGCGGCUGUACCUCACGUCCCCUUCUUUCGCCUCCAUUCUGAACCAGGUGGAUGACGAGAGUGAUGGGGAGGAAGGGAGGGAAGGAGAGGGAGAGGAGGGGAAGGGAAUGGGGAACGCAGCAAGAGUGGUGGGAUCUGCAGCGUCUCGGGCAGCAGCUGCUGCUGCUGCGGCGGCGGCGGCGGUUGGUGCUGAUGGUUCUGCUGAUUUUGCUGCUAGUUCUGCUACUUGUUCUGGUGCUCUUGAUGGGGGUAUCAGGGUGAGUCCGUUUGGGGUGGGGGGCGAAGGGACGGGAGGGGGGAGGGAGACGGAGGCUCCGUCUUUGGCUGACGCGUUAGAGGAGGAGAAGCAGCGGCGCCUGCGGCUGGUGUCGCCAUCGUUUGCUUAUAUUCUAAACGAAGUGGGUGAUGACGAGGAUGAGGAUGAGGAUGAGACAGAGCAGUUGGAACAGCAGCAGGGUCAGGCGCAGCAGCAGCAGCAGCAGCAGCAGCAGCCGGGACAGAAGCAGGGACAGAAGCAGCAGGGACAGACGCAGCAGGGGCAGAAGCAGCAGGGACAGACGCAGCAGGGGCAGAAGCAGCAGCAGAGUGGUGUGGAAUCAGAGGAGCAGCGGAGGCUGCGGCUCAUCUCGCUAUCCUUCGCUCACAUCUUGAAGGAGAUCGAUUCAGACGACGACGACGAUGAUGAUGACGACGCUGCUGCUGCUGCUGCUGCUGAUGCUAGUGCUGGCGCUGCUGCUGUUGAUGCUAGAGAUAGUAGGGACAAUGGGACUGCCAGUAGCAGUGCUGGCGGGGGCGACCUGUCAUUCGACCUCUCCGCUGCGCACCGAAACUCACGCUCCACUUGCUCCCUGCCCUCCCCAGUUGCCGCCUCCCCCAGGAGCACCUCCCCCGAUGCACUCUUCCUCCGCCCUGGCUCCCCCUGGCACAGCAGGAGCUGCUCUGCUGCUUCCGCGGAGCUCUCCCCGCGCCUGUGGGGGGAAGGGCGGGGUGGGAGAGGGGGAAGCGGGGGACGGGGGGGAGGAGCGCCGGGGGGAAGGGGAGGAGGGAGAGGAGACAGGGGCGAUGGAGGGGGGUGGGAGAGAGUGGCGGGAGUGGGGGUUGCGCGGAUGGGGGGUGCGGGGGAUUGGGAGAGGGGGAGGGGUGGAAGCAACGAGGAUAUUCUUCUUGCUGGAAGAUUCUCAAGGAGCAGGGAGCCAUCGCCGUCCAAUGAGGGGCUGCCACGUAGCAUGAGUGCAACAGUGGUGGGAAGCAGGAGCAGGGAGGCAUCCCCUGGGGAGGCUGGUGCUGCUGGUACCGGCUCUAGUGGCAGGGCGGAGGGGAGGCAGGGAGAACAGGGGGGGCAGGGAGGGCAGGGAGGGCAGGGAGGGCAGUGGGAGCAGAGGGAGCGCAGUCAGCAGCACAUACGCGCGAGGGGAGGGGGCUCCCUGGGGGGGUUCACCUCUCCUUUGCCGCGUGCCGCUACUGUUGAUGGCAGCAGCAUUCCCAUUACUAGCAGGGUCAGCGCUACCACCGAUGCUGCUAGUGCAGCCGGUAUGCAUGACGGUGCAAGGCCCAGGGUCCUCCUAGGCUCCCCAGCAGGAAACACCCUGGGUGCAGCAGCAGCAGCGGGUGGGCAUGGGCACACCACAGCGGCCGCUCUGAUCAGCCCGCGGGAAGUCCGCAUGCAGGGGCAGAGGGGGCAGAGCUCCCGUCCAAUGCUCGGUCCUUUUGACGCGCCUCACCAUUCCCGUCCGAUGCUUGGACCUGCUUUUGAGUCGACUCAAAACAAUUCCCGUCCGAUGCUUGGACCUCUCUCCCAGGGUGCUCCGCAGGACGGUCACAUGCCUGUCUCCCCGCACCUUGCCCUGCCACAAUCCCCGCACCUCGUGCAGCCUCUGGCUCGUGUGCCUGAGAGCAGCAGCGCGGAGGAGAGCGAUGGGCCGUUUGGUGAGCGCGGGAUGGAGGGCGGGUGGGCGGGAGGGCAGGCAGGAGGGCAAGUGGCAGGGCGGACAGGAGGGCAGAUGGGAGGGCGUGGGGUGGCACCGCAGGGGGGAGGGUUUCGACGGAUGAUGCACAAGAGCAUGAGCGAAGGGGGUGACGGUACGUCGCUCGUUCCGGGGGUUAAUCUGCGGCAUUUUUCCAGUGCUCCUGACGUGGCGGAUGGUGACGUGGAUGGUGGUGACGUGGCAGGGGUUGUAUCGCCAGAUGGGCGCAGGCUGCAGAGGAGGUAUUCGUCAGAGGUGGACAGACAGCGGCAGCGGCAGGAAUGGCAGCAGCAGCAGCAGCUGCUGCUGCAGGCAGGGCAGCAUCAAGUAGUAAGAAGGUCUGGCAGUGGGGACGUGAGGGUUAGCAUGCGUCCCAGAAGCAACUUCAGUGAAAACGCAGUUGAAGCAGGAAGGGGAGUGAGGCCAACAGGGGCGGCUGCUGGUGCUGUUGGGGCUGCUGUGGCUGGUGGGGUUGCUGCGGGUAGUGGGGAGAGGCGGCUGGCUAGACACCAGUCAGCCGAGACCGAGUCGCUCAAUCGGCCAAUCAGACGCGGCCACGUGGCAUCAGUGGAUUUCUCCCCUCCUCGCAGCCCGCUUUCCAGAAUGGCCCACUCUCACUCUGUUGACUACUCGCCCCCUCAUUCCCACCAGCAGUCCUACCUUACACCUGAACACGAGAAUGCUACAGGGGAAAUAGACCUCUCCCCUCAUCACAGUCACCAUCCAGUCAUGUCACACUCUCAUUCUCUAGACCGCUCCCCUCCCCAACUUCGCCAGACCUCCACAGCAGCUCUGGUCAGCCCCCGAACUGGCCUUGUCCCGAGCCAAAGCUCUAGCGCCGGCAACGUGCGGUUUGUGAUUCGGCGGAGUGCCACCAUUGAUGGACCAGGUGGUGGUGGUGGUGGUGGUGGCGGUGCUGGUGCUGGAGGUGCUGGUGGUGCUGGUGCUGGUGGUGCUGGUGGUGCUGGUGGGAGCAGUGGCAGUGGGAGUGGCAGUGGCAGUGGCAUGAGGCAGAGGACCAAAAGCAGCAGCGUCAGCGAUCUGUCCGAUGCUCCUCGCUCUGCUGUUCAUGUCACUGCUGCUGGUGCUGUUGGUGCUGCUGGUGGUGCUGUCGGUGCUGCUGGUAAACGCCUUCUUUGUCCCCCCAAGCUCUCCACCAAAGUAUCCCCCUCCACAUCCCCCACCACCUCCCCCAGCGAUUCCCCCUCUCCAUCUCCCUUCAACAAGCCGCGGGGGGAAGCUCCUUUUAACUCUCCUGUUGUGGGGGAGGGCCUAGGUAGGGACGGCAGAGGGCAGGGAGGAAGCUUCGACGAAGGUUCCUCGCAGAUGCAGACGAGAAGCAAGCAGCCGCAGAGGUUCAGCUCGUCCUCUUCUGCCUCCUCGGCAGGUCAUGCUUCAGGUGGCGGUUCAGGUGGCGGUUCAGGUGGCGGCUCAGGUGGGCCACGAACGCCCACCCGCUCCUCCUCUACUUCUAGUGCUGCUGCAGCCCCCCAAGCCCAUGAAAGCACACCCAAAACACCGACUCGAACCUCCUCUGCAUCCACUGCAUCUGCUCAUAACGAGGAUAAAGGCAGGCCCAGAACGCCCACUCACACUUCCUCCUCUGCAUCCAGCGAAUCUGCUCAUAAUGAGGAUAGAGGCAGGCCCAGAACGCCCACUCGUAUGCCCGUUUCUGCUUCUGUUGGGUCUGCUUAUAGUGGGGAUAAGGAAAAGCAUUCUACGGGUGAACAGAGAGUUAAGACUCCUACUCGCAUGCCCUCCUCUGCUUCCACUGGGUCUGCUUAUAGCGAGGAUGUGCUGGCGUCAGGCAAAGGCAGGUCUAAGACUCCCACUCGCAUGCCGUCCUCUGCUUCUACUGGGUCUGGUUAUAAUGGGGAUAACAACCCUUCAGGUGAAAGGAGGUCCAAGACCCCCACCCGAAUGCCGUCUUCAGCCUCCACUGGAUCCGGUAAUAACGGGUCUGCUUAUACUGAAGCACAGGCACGACCCAAAACGCCAACUCGCACCUCCUCUCCUGCUUCAGCAUCCUCCUUACAAGACGACUUGCUUGAAGACGAUGCCGCGUUAGAGGAGGUUCACCAGUCGUUUUUCCGCGCCAAGGGAAAAAGAUUUCUGGAAAAAGCAAUGAAGGGGUUUAGUAAACUUGUGGGAGGAGGGGUGGGAGCAGUGAACAUUCUGGGAGGGGAGUAUAGGGAUGUAGGGGCGUUGUAUGCGGUGCAGAUGGAUAAGGAGCUUGGGUCGGGACAGUUCGGGGUGACACGGGUGGCGGUGUGCCGGGCGACGGGGGAGAAGUUUGCAUGCAAGUCAAUCAACAAGGCUGCUCUGAAGAGCAAGACAGAUGCGGACGAUGUGAGGCGCGAGGUGGCUAUAAUGGAGAUGCUUAAAACGCACCCCAAGGUGGUGCAGCUGAAGGAUGUCUUUGAAAACGAGCAGGCCGUGCACCUGGUAAUGGAGCUGUGUUCGGGCGGCGAGCUGUUUGAGCGAAUCAAGGAGCGGCGGCGGUACAGCGAGAGGGAGGCGGCUUUGGUGAUGCGCGCGGUGCUGGGCGUGCUGCAGAGCUGCCACCAGCGCCACCACGUGGUGCACCGCGACAUCAAGCCCGAAAACAUCCUCCUCGCCCACCCCUCCUCCCACACCGACGUCCGAAUCAUAGACUUUGGGAUCUCCGCUAUCCUCAAGCCAGGCUCCAAGCCGUUGUCUGAUUUUGUCGGCUCGCUUUACUACGUCGCCCCAGAGGUAAUCGAAGGCUCUUAUGGCUUCCCAGCGGAUGUGUGGUCGGCAGGCGUUGUCUUAUACGUGCUGCUGGCCGGCAUACCGCCCUUCUGGGCCAAGACAGAAGCGGAUGUGACCAAGGCGAUUCGGGAGGGGAAGGUGGGAUUCCGGGGCGCUGUGUGGAGAAAUGUGUCAGAUUCGGGGAAGGAUUUGAUUCGCCAGCUGCUGACGCACAACCAGAAGAAGAGAAUCACUGCUCGUGCUGCCCUCG